AUGGGACGUAGUGGAGCUGUGCGAAAUCGUAGACCAACCGCCGGCUCAACGGAUUCCGCUGAGCCACUGGCGGCAAGAAUGCGCGUUCCGAACAAGAGACCUCGUGCGGACCGCAUUAUGGACGAGUUGCUGCUGAACUGCAACUUGAAGCAGGCGGAUGACGUUACGAAUGGCCUUAUUCGUCCUCUUCAGCCGAUAUUACGCGAAAAACCAACGACACCGUUUAUUGUGCUGCCCGAGGAGGCCAGAUUCGCGCCAUUUAUCAAAAAAAGUAGAUUCGCCUUAGAUAUAGGUGGAACCUUGGUAAAACUAGUGUACUCGACAGUAUGUGAAACAGUAGAGAACUCCAAUAGACCAGAAGUUCUUCUCAACUUCAUGAAGUUCACAUCUAUCGAAGCUUGCCUCGAGUUCAUCAAAAAUAACUGGCAUGACCGUGUAGCUGACGAUGUCAUACACUGCACUGGUGGUGGUUCGUUCAAAUAUGCUGAAAUGAUGCAUAAAUUUCUAGGAGUACAGGUUCAACGAACAGACGAGAUGACGUCCCUGAUACUUGGCUGUGAUUUCCUCUUGAGGAACAAUGUGGAUGAGUCAUUCACCUAUCAUCAUGAAGCAGUUGGUAUAGAAAAGUAUCAAUAUAAGCCAAUCACUGCUGAUUUGAUCUAUCCAUUUCUACUAGUUAAUAUUGGGACCGGAAUCUCCAUUUUAAAGGUAGAUUCGCCAACACAAUUCCAAAGAGUCGGUGGUAGCUCGAUGGGUGGUGGUGCAUUUAUUGGUCUGGGGAACCUUCUGACGCAGGCACAAAGUUUCGAUGAGCUUUUGCUGAUGGCUGAAAAGGGUGAUCACCGUAAAUGUGACACACUGGUAUGUGAUAUCUACGGUGGUUCGUACGACAACCUGAAUCUGCCCGCAGACUUAAUUGCUGGUUCCUUCGGAAAAUGUAGUCGAAUGGGUAAACGUAACGCUCGAGGAGAUCACGAGCGAGCUUCCCAGCAGGAUAUUGCCAAAUCACUACUGCUAAUGAUUAGUAAUAACAUUGGGCAGAUGGCAAUGCUGUAUGGAAUGCGAUUUACAUUGAAACGGAUAUACUUUGGCGGGUUCUUCAUUCGGAAACAUCCGAUUACUAUGCGAACAUUAUCGUAUGCUAUUAACUAUUGGAGCAAAGGUAACAUGAAGCUUUAUGCAUGA